GUGGGGGCGGCAGCCCAGGAUUUUUUUAAAAAAAUGCCAAGCAGAAGAUUUGCUGAUGAUGAGAUUGUGAUGGGUCGUUGGCCAGGAAGUGUCCUCUAUUAUGAAGUACAAGUAACUAGAUAUAAUGACCUCACUCACCUUUACACUGUUAAGUACAAAGAUGGAACUGAGCUUGAGUUGAAGGAAAGUGAUAUAAGGUCUGUGUCAUCAUUUAAACCUCGAAAAAGCAGUUCUUCUUCAAGUUCUCCUUCCAGACGCAGUAGUAGCAGAUCCAGAUCUCGUUCUCCUGGUCGGUCAUCAAAAGGCAAACGUCGUUCUUCCUCCCAAAGCAGAGAAUCUAAAGAUGAGAAAAAGAAAACUGUUCGGGAAGCUAACUUAACUUUUCUGAAAUUUAGUGAGAACAACACUAGAAGUUUCAAUGGUGAGCCUGAUAGUACAGAAAGAAAUGAUGCUUCCUUUAAAAUCUUACAGCAAAAAGUUGAAUCAGAGCUAGAAAUUGGGCAUGUGCUUGACCAGUACAGCUUACAUCCAAGAAGAGAGAAGAAGAAAGAAGAAAUAUUUUUGGAAGAGAGAGUUUUUGAGACAGCAAAAACUACUGAAAAAGUAUCAACACAAACAAAGGAGCUAGAGUUUGGUGGAAGAAUUGGAGCCUUUUGCAUGAUAUUUUUCCUGCCUGCCACUGUAUUUUAUUUGCUGUUGAUGUGCAAACAGGAAGAUCCCAGUGUUAUGAACUUCGCUCCUUUGCCAGUAUUUGGUAGUUUGUGGGAGACCAGAGUGUUUGGUGGUGUUCUUCUGUGGUUCUUUGUUCAAGCUCUGUUUUCCUUAUUGCCAAUUGGAAAGGUUGUAGAAGGGCUGCCACUUUUGAAUGGAAGAAGACUACAGUACAGGAUAAAUGGUUUUUAUGCUUUUCUCCUGACUGUUGCUGCAAUAGGAACUUCUUUAUAUUUUGAAAUUGAGCUUCAUUAUUUAUAUGACCAUUUCCUGCAGUUUGCAGUCUCUGCUGCAACUUUUUCUGUGUUUUUGAGCAUUUAUCUCUAUGUCCGGUCCCUGAAAGCACCUAAGGAAGAACUGUCACCUGGUGGAAAUUCUGGGAACUUUGUUUAUGACUUGUUCAUUGGACGUGAAUUAAACCCUCGCAUUGGACAUUUUGACCUCAAAUAUUUCUGUGAGUUGCGUCCAGGCUUAAUUGGCUGGGUUGUUAUUAACUUGGUGAUGCUGUUGGCUGAGAUGAAGAUACAGGAUCGUAAUGUGCCCUCUUUGUCAAUGAUCUUGGUUAAUAGUUUCCAGCUUCUUUAUGUUGUAGAUGCUCUUUGGAAUGAGGAAGCUGUCUUGACUACAAUGGACAUUACCCAUGAUGGGUUUGGGUUCAUGCUAGCAUUUGGAGACUUGGUAUGGGUUCCAUUUGUCUACAGUUUACAAGCCUUCUAUUUAGUCAAUCAUCCUAAUGAAAUUUCUUGGCCUACUGCUUCUGCAAUUAUUAUUCUGAAUACAUUUGGGUAUUACAUUUUCCGUGGUGCAAACUCACAGAAAAAUGCAUUUCGGAGGAAUCCAAAGGAUCCCAAAUUGGCUCACUUGAAAUGUAUUCCCACUGCAGCUGGAAAAAGUCUUCUAGUUACAGGCUGGUGGGGUUUGGUUCGUCACCCUAACUAUCUAGGUGAUAUUAUUAUGGCUCUGGCUUGGUCCCUACCAUGUGGUUUUAAUCAUAUUUUGCCAUAUUUCUACGUGCUUUAUUUCACCUGCUUGCUUAUUCAUCGAGAAGCUCGUGAUGAACAUCAAUGUAAGAAAAAAUAUGGCUUGGCAUGGGAAAGGUACUGUCAACGUGUACCAUACCGUAUAUUUCCUUUCAUCUACUAAGGUACUCCAGGAACUUGCAUUGCAAAUUACUUCUGCUUCUUUGCAAAUAAAAACACCUGCCCCUUCCCUUGGCACUUGGGUUAUUUGUUUAAUUUUUAGGCUUUUCUUAAAGAUGUGAUCAAACACUGUAGCGAACAAAUAUGCAUAUUAGACAGCCUUCUCCAAAUACUUACCAGCUACUCAUUUUAAGAUAUGCAGUGAAUGUCAUUAGAAUAAACCAAUUACCUUGUGAUGUAUGAAUAAGUAAAACAAAGUUAUGUUAAGCAAAUAGUGCACAGAGUUAAUUGAAUAUGAGCAUUAUCCUUGGAAAAAUGUGCCCUCUCCCUCCCUCUCUCUCACCCCUAGCCCCCCAAAACGGUGCAAGGCUUUCGGGCUUACUACCCAAUCUAAAUUACAAGGUUUUGUGAGGUUUUAAAUUUCUGAAGGCCCAGCUUUUUCAAGUUAAUCUGAGUUUACAUCCAUUUAAUUGUGUACUGUGAUGUAAAGUUUGUUUUUGUUACAUUAAGGGAAUAUGAUUUCCAUCCAGCUCAAUCACCUGGUUCCCAACAUUGAGGAGCCAAAAACCAUUGUCCUGCAUUCAGUGAUAAAUGGAAGGUGGUAUAAGUUGUGGUGUGUAGUACACACUAAGAAAUAAAAUAGCUACAGUGUAUUUGCUCUGUCUUGUGUAAAAUAGUUUUUAAUGUACCAUAGGAUCCAUUGACUGUAUUAUAAAACCUUUAUGUUUUUGCUGUACAGUGUUUGAGAAUGUGAGAUACGACCGCUUUUUUUUAGGAGCCAGAAGAAACUAAAACCAUUUCCAGUAUUAUUUUUUAAAACGUUCAUAAGGGUUUUGUAAAGUAAUGUAUUGAUUUGUCUAAAAAAUAAAUUGAAGUGUUCAUUUAAAUAUUGUUGACAAAUAUGCUAUGAAAAUGUAGAAAAUAUAUUCAGUCCAAAGUUUGUGAAUCUGGCAUUGCUACCUCAAAUGUAGGUUUUGCCUUUUGUACUGUUGCAGAUAGCUAACUUUUUUCAAUAUUUCUAUUUAAAUCAAUUUUUACAUGAAUCUUUGCCACAUUCUAAUAUAUUUUUGUAUAUAUUUGACUUUUUUAAUCUAGUGUGUCUAUUUUUAGCUACUUCAGUUAUGUUUUUAUAUCCUAAGAAUGGAAUUUUUUCCCACUGCUAAGAUUAAAUUUUUAUUUCAUUAACUGUAAGUAGGUUAAUCUUAAUAAGGCAAGGAGAGUGGUGAAGUAAUUUUGCAUUAAUGAACCCUGGGGAACUAGGAUUGUCCUUCUUGUCUUUACAGUUGGUAGCUUUAUUCAGAUACUUGACUUACUAAAUUUACUGGUUUUGAAUAUUAAUUGCAUUGUGGAGGGAAAAGAAAUACUCCAUAGUCAGGGUUCCUAUUAAAUUACAAUUAAAAAAAAUACUGAAUAGUUGAAUAUUUUAAAAAUAGUGAUAAACUGAAAGCUAGUAUUUUUUUAAAGCGCUAUUUUGUCUGAGCCAUUUUAGUGACGAUUUACAUUUGAAGUGAAUAUAGCAUAACAUUCAACGUGAUCAUGACAGCUUCACCAGAUCUGUGUUGUUGCUGUUGUCGGAAGAAUAUUUGAACACCAAAUAUUUUGAUUCUUGGAAAAAACAGAUAUGGUUGCAAGUACCACUAAUUUUAAUGAGGUUAAAUUAUGCUACUGAAAAAUAAACUAGAGCAACCUUUUUACAGUCUGCUUCUGUUCUUCAGAGACAUGGGUAUAUAUACCAACUGCAACUUGUUCUGUAUGCUUAUAUUUUUGAUGUAAAGUUAAGUAGAAUUUUUAUACAGAUCUGUAAGCUAAAAUAAAAUGUUUUAAAAGUG